CUCGAACGACGAUUGACUCAGCGAACGAUAAUACCAUGCACGAUGUAGUGUGUCAAGCGCCGCAAACGCUAACGGUGACGGAGCAGGCGAUGGAUCCGGUCUCUCAAAUUGCACGUGCGACUGACCGAGUCGUCAGGGAUUUGACUGUGCGCUACGUCAUUGAGACUCUCAGCUUGGUUCCUGUCUGCCUCUUCAGCGCACAGCUGCUCGUCGACCUGCCUCAGGGCGAAAGCUGGCGCUAUGUGCUAGACCAGCGUGGGGCUGAUAUGCCCGUGUGCUACGAAAGCAUCAAGAAAGCUAAGCAUGCAGCUGCAAGCGCUGCAAUCGAAGCGGGCUUACUCGAGCGCGUCAAGGCGGUCACGACGCUCAAAGCCCUGCUAGAGCACUAUGCAGCUAUCAAGACUGACCUUAGCAAUGACUACCUUGCUUCCUCUGUUUCUCUGCUCGAAGAUAUCACGAAGAAAGCUCGCUCGCCGCCUCUACUGAUCUACGAGAGCUCCGCGACGGAGGACAAGCCAGCGUGGUAUGGCGCUGUACUGACGAGACAGCAUGUCGACAAGGCAGAAGUCUUUCGCGUUAGACCAGUCCUGCCCAGCAAGCGAGCAGCCAAAAACUUCGUGGCUGCUCAUGCGCUCUGUCAUGAUGCUAUCCAGCCCGACUCGCUCAUCUCUCCUCACUCGGAUAGCUUUCCCGUCGUUUUACCCGCUAAGCGCGGUCAACCGGACGAUGAAAACAUGUUCGAGAGUAGUCCUGGCGUGCUCGUACCGAUCAACGUUGCUGAUCCUGUCAGUCAGCUCAUGCAAGUCAUACAGAAGCGCACAAGAGAUACGCCCAAUAUCGAAUGGCAUUAUACGAGCCACGGCCUUUUGCAUGGCUGCGCUCUCGUCUACCGCUUUGCGGGCCAAGCCUUCCAGUACAGCGUCGAUGCAACCUACAAGACACGCAAGCUUGCAAGGGCGGCGUGUGCCAUCGUUGCUCUCGGCUCUCUGCCACAUGGUGUCUCGUUUCUGUCGGAUGCCGCAGCUAUGCGUCGCGCUCCCUUGCCCUUGUCAGCUCGAGAAGCUGACUUAUCUGCAUCUGAUACCAUGUCGCCCAUCUCGCAAAUGCUCGAGCCCCAGCCAGGAUAUACCGCGAUGAUGGCCGUCGAUCGCCCGGUACCGAGAGCCAUACCAAGGCCUCAGCUUGCUACCGCGCCUGCACCGGAGCUACCUCUGCGAACGACACAAGAGCCUUCGGUUCGGAUAGCGACCGCAGAAGAUGGAGAAAUUGACGAGGUCGAUGGCCGACACGACGUAGGAAUGGUCUACGCGGCAUGCCAGGAGCUUAUCGGCACUGCCCCGCAUCAACGACCGGUCUUUGACUUCCUAAGCACUCUGGGUCGGUUUGGAGCAACGCUGACGGUCAAUCUGGGCGCCGAAAGACUGGUCUAUGAGUCUAUGCAACAGACUCACUCGAGCAAAGCGAAAGCGAAAGAAGAUGUGGCAUCGGUAGCCAUCCAGGCUGGCGUGGUGGACAGCAUCAAGAAGUAUGCAUCUUCGGUUUGGCAAGCACAGCACGACGAAUGGAAAGCCAAAAUAGCCAGUGGUGAACUGGAUCCCUCCGUCCAUCCUGCGCCCAGCCUUGCGAUGGGCAAGAAGGGUAAGGAAGGCAAAGCUGCCAAACGCGCUGGAGCAGAGGGCAGCUCGAGAGCGAAAAGCACGCCUAGUAUCGUCGAUGCAAGCACAUCGACUCGCUCAGACCGCGAGUCUGCUUACGCGCAAUUCGAAAUCUACUGCGGAGAGCACGGUCUUGGAAAGCCCGCCUUCGUCGCUACAGACGAUGUGCCGUUGAAGGCCUAUGUCGUGCUUGGCACGUCAAAGUACGAACGCCUGGGUCGGACCUAUGCUUCGCCCGAAGAAGCGAGAGAAAGACUGGCAAAGCUCAUUCUGCGCCACUUGCGAAAAGAUGCAGCCGCAGCUCAGGAAGCAGGCUCGACAGCAGCGCCGGCAUGAUGAGCAGACUGGCAAUGGCGAAGUUUUCGCAAUCACUCAUGUUGUACAUUAGCCUGAUUUGCACGGUACUUGCAUCAGACACGAAGCUGCUGCGAGCGUGUGGGAUUGAGACCAUCCACGAUGCCGCUCUCCCGGAGGAGAGAGCGUAGUCGCAAGGCACUCGCAUCGAGCACGGAGCUCGCUGCGGGGCGGAGACGAGGAUAACGCAAAGCUUUUGGA